UCUCUCUCUCUCUCUCUCCCUCUUUUAUUUACUUUGGACCUUUUUCUGCACAAGGUCUCUCUCUCUCUCUCUCCCUCUGUCUCACAUGUCUUUUAGAAGUCAGGUUUCUUGAUUAACUCUUACUGGGAUUUUUGCAUUUUGAUUGGGCAGUUGGUUUUUGAAGUCUGGUCUCCUUGUUUUUUCCUGGGCAACGAGACAGGUCGUCCUUUUUUUCCCCUUUAGGAUAUAUUUAUUAAGAGAGAUUCAGAACAAGUUCCAAAGAAAGAGAGAAAGAGAUGGCUCCUGUUUCAUUGCCUCCUGGUUUCCGUUUCCACCCUACUGAUGAGGAACUCGUUGCUUACUAUCUCAAAAGAAAGAUCAAUGGGCGUAAGAUUGAGUUAGAGAUCAUCCCAGAAGUUGAUCUUUACAAGUGUGAGCCAUGGGAUUUACCAGGCAAGUCAUUAUUACCCAGCAAAGAUCUGGAGUGGUACUUCUUUAGCCCUCGAGAUCGAAAGUACCCGAAUGGAUCAAGAACUAAUCGGGCAACUAAAGCUGGGUAUUGGAAGGCAACAGGGAAGGAUAGAAAAGUGAAUUCCCACAUGCGUUCUGUGGGCAUGAAGAAAACCCUAGUUUACUAUAGAGGUAGAGCUCCACAUGGUGCUAGAACAGGUUGGGUUAUGCAUGAAUAUCGCCUCGACGAAAGAGAAUGCGAAACUGCUUCUGGCCUGCAGGAUGCAUAUGCACUUUGUCGUGUUUUCAAGAAGAGCGUAAAUAUGCCAAAGAUUGGAGAGCAUUUUGCCUCUACAUCAAAUCAAAUGGCUAGUGAACAUUCUUCCAGUAUAGAACUAUACUCUGAAGGAAGAUGUGAAGAUUAUGAGAGCUCAAAUUAUCCUAUGCCGAUAGACACAUGCUCACUCAGCAUUGCCAAUAAUGGAUCCCCUCUUCAUCUUGGUGAAACAAGAGAUGAGAAAUGGAAGCACUUCUUGUCAGAAGAUGCUUUUACCUUCUCAUCCCCAUCAUUUUCAAGUUUUGGAACCGUUCCUUACCCACCAUCAAAGGUUGAUAUAGCAUUAGAGUGUGCAAGGUUGCAGCAUAGAUUUUCAUUGCCUCCACUGGAGGUAGAGGACUUCCCUCAAGUAGGACCCGUUGACUUGAAAGUGAUGCAUGAAAACACAAAUCCAACAGAUAUUCUGCAGGAAAUCCUUUCGGUAGCUCAUGCAUCUCAGGAAUUGACAAAUCAAACUAAUCUUCAAGAUACAUGGGGUAGAAAUUAUAUUGCUGAUAAUAAUGAUUUCACUUUCUUAGCUGGGAACGAUACUCAUGGUCAUCUCUACAGCGACAUAAACUCCAUGAGAUGCAUGGACAAAUCAUGGGUAGAUCCUAAUUUAAGGUUCGUAGAGAUUGGAAAUUUGGAUGAAGAUUUCAAGACAGAGAGGGUGACAGAAAACUUGAGAUGGGUAGGAAUGUCAAAUGAAGAACUACAGAAGAGUUUCAUAGAGGAACAGAAGGUUGUACCAAUAGAAAAUAUUUCAACUUUCCAGAUAAGGGAAGAGAAAGAACUUCAAGAAAAUGGGCAUCAAGGUGACUGCAUAGGAUUCAAUGAGACAGAUGAUUAUUCAGUUGGAUUCAUCACUGAUGAUGAUCCAAAUGAUAACUUCAUUGAUGAGGGCAACGUUGAUGAUUUAGCAGGUUCACCAAGCUUCGAGGUUGUUAAGGAAAUCAAAGUUAAUCAUGGAAUGUUUGUUUCAACUCGCCAGGCAGCUGAAACAUUUUUUCACCAAUUAGUGCCUUCCCAGACUGUUAAGAUCCACCUGAACCCUGCAGAGAUGAUUGCAGAUACCUUCUCAAUACAGAAAAUAGACAUGCACAGUGCACUAGAUGAGCCCAUAAAGUCCAAUAUUAACACAUUUUCCAGGGCAAAUAAUUUCAUGGAAAUCAGAGAGUCAUUACAUCCUUGGAAGAAAUUUGGAACAACAGUUGUUGGCAUGAUUGUGAUUCUCCUGAUGCACUGUUUUUAUGUGGGUAACGAGAAUAAACUAAGGAUGCAUGGCUUGAGGGAAAAUGGCAAUGUCAAGCCCAGGAGAAAGGCAGAGAGAAACAAGUGGAAUAAUGAUCACAAGGAAAAGAAUUUGCUGGUUAGCAUAAGAGGUGGGAAUCAAUUUAGUGUUUUCCUCAAGAAAUUUGGGCUUUUUUUAACAAUUUCUUUGGCUGUUUGUACCAUGUGGGUGAAUCAUGUCAUACUUGCAUAUUGAAUUCCUGAUUUUAUUCUUUUUUUUUUCUUCUUUAAUAUGACAAUAAAUAGUUGGUAGCUUGGGAGGUACAGCCUUCUCUAAUGCUGAAGACAGAUUUCUACUUUUAUAUUCAUACAUACUGAUGAUACCUAUAGUUCAAUAAUUGUAACUGAAUUAGAUUAAUGAAAUUUUCUUUUUUUUUUUUA